CUCCCAGAGCACCCCGCGCCGCCGCGCGUCUGCGGGGCGGGGCGAGCGCGAAAGAUGUCCGCACCGUUGUGGGGCGGCCGGCUGAGAGUCUUUGUUCGUAGCCAGGAUCCCACAGCUGAGGCAGUUGCUGCACGUGUCGCGGGGCCGGAGAAGCUAGGGCCAGGUAGUUCAGGGAUGCAAGAAUCCUGCAAAUCCGAUGUGUAAACUGCUUCCCCAGCCGCCAGGCGAGCCCAGCCUUUGCCUCAGGCCCCUUCCUUUUCUUUCUCCGGGAAUCGAUCUCGGGAAGGGGUGUGGGCAAGGAGAUGAAGACUUUCCCUCUUCGCUCAGGCCAACUUGGCAUAUCCCGGAGCCUCCGGAGAGGCGGUCACUCCGACGUCUGAGGAGCUGGGCCCUGGGCCGGGACUAGUUAUGAAGAGCGACUCCUCGAUCUCUGCAGGCCCCCUCCGGGGGCUCGGGGGCCCCCUGCGCAGCAGCGAGCCGGUGCGCGCCGCCCGGGCCCGGGCGCCGGCGGUGGACCUGCUGGAGGAGGCGGCCGACCUCUUGGUAGUGCACCUGGACUUUCGGGCGGCGCUGGAGACCUGCGAACGGGCCUGGCAGAGUCUGGCCAACCACGCCCUGGCAGAGGAACCCGCGGGCACCUUCUUGGAAGUGAAGUGCUCCCUGUGUGUUGUGGGGAUCCAGGCCCUGGCAGAAAUGGAUCGGUGGCAAGAAGUCCUCUCCUGGGUUCUUCAGUAUUACCAAGUUCCUGAAAAGCUACCCCCCAAAGUCCUAGAACUGUGCAUUCUUUUAUACAGCAAAAUGCAAGAGCCUGGAGCUGUGCUGGAUGUGGUGGGUGCCUGGCUCCAAGACCCAGCCAACCAAGACCUUCCAGAGUAUGGAGCCUUGGCGGAAUUCCACGUGCAGCGGGUGCUGCUGCCUCUGGGCCGCUUGUCGGAGGCUGAGGAGCUGGUGGUGGGCUCUGCAGCCUUUGGUGAAGCGCAGCGACUGGAUAUACUUCAGGCCAUUGACACAGCGAGGCAGCAGCAGGGACAGGAACACUCAGGCUCUGAGGAGGCCCCGAAGCCAAACCGGGAAGGCUCUGUGUCCCACAAGUUCCUGUCACUACCGAUGUUGGUUCGCCAGCUUUGGGACUCUGCGGUGAGCCACUUCUUUUCUCUGCCCUUCAAAAAAAGCCUCCUGGCUGCCUUGAUCCUCUGUCUCCUGGUGGUGAGGUUGGAUCCAGCUUCCCCUUCCUCCCUGCCCUUCCUCUACAAGCUGGCCCAGCUCUUCCGCUGGAUCCGGAAGGCUGCAUCUUCUCGCCUCUGCCAGCUCCGCAUCCGUGACUGAGGGUCCCCUUGCACCACAGCCUCCCUGCUCCUCAAGUCUGCGGCAACAGAAGCGGAGUGACAGAGCGACGCAUCCACAGGUGCCCCUGGGGAAGUAGGGCCAGCCUCAUCUCGUGGGGUGCACUGUCUUGCUGCCUGGGUACCCUCUCCUUUGCACCCCACUUUGGCUGGCCAUAGUAGGUGACAUGGAAACAAAUAGGGACCAGCAGGCACAGUUCCUUCAGAACAGUUCUCCGGAUACCCAGAGGCUCCUUGAAAAGGAGGGGUUUGGGGACAGGGACUGUGUCUAUGAAACGUUCCAUCUUCUCGGCGAAGGCAAGGGGUUGGUUCUUCAGGCCAGGAUAUUAAUGGAGCUGGAAGUUCAGAAAAAGCCUGGUAGAGUGACACUUGGCCUUUCACUUCUUCACAAACAUACCUCUUUACUGUGCGUGGUGGCCCACGCCUGUAAUCCCAGCACUUUAGGAGGCGAGGCAGGUGGAUCACUUGGGGCCAGGAGUUCAAAAUCAGCCUGGCCAACAUAGUGAAACCCCGUCUCUACUAAAAAUACAAAAAUUAGCCAGGCGUGCUGCACGCCUGUAGUCCCAGCUACUCGGGAUGCUGAGGCACAAGAACUGCUUGAGCCAGGGAGGCAAAGAUUGCAGUGAGCUGAGAUUGUGCCACUGUACUCUCUCAAAACGAAAAACCAUGCCCCUGAGAGUCACCCCACAGGACAGUACCUUAAUUAGCUAGAGUGCAAUCUGAGAGGGCCUCUUCCUGCCUGCACUGUGCUCCCCAGAACUGGUCUAAUUCUGUAUCAAUAUGCUGUUCUCAUGGUCUUGCUAUGUGCUUGAAGCUGCGUAAGGCUUCUCACUGUUCGGGCUGGGGCGAGACUUUCAGAACCACUCGGCUGACAACUGAAAACCAAGUGAGCCUUACAGCUCUUAUCACUGGGGAAAGUGAUCUUGCCUGGUGCAUCUUGGUCUUCAGCUCGAUUUUCCAGGCUGUCCUGGCCAAGCCCUGCUCUGUUACACUCUGUGCCUCUGCCCGUCUUUCCCCGCCAGCCUCUCCCGCCCCCACUGCAAACUUGUCCAUUGGCUGUUUCAUCAAGUCCUGCCUGUAUCCUUGCCUCCUUGGUAUACACCAUUGCAGGUCCCCACCCCCUUUUUUUGUGCCUUUGUCCUAGUUAUGUUCUGUUUGCGUAAUGCCCAAAUUUUUCUGCUCGUGUGGCCUUGAAAAGUAGGCCAGCCUCAGAGGCUGCUGAGCCGAAAAUGGAACUGAGUAAUCGGGUGAGCUGGAAGGGAUGUGGGGGGCGGGGCAGAGGGGAGACAUGGGUUUUGAAGGCAGUGAACAGUAAAACCUUAGGGAGGCGGCACGGCACUGAGGCCUUUGCGUUAGAGGA